GUGACGAGAGAAAUCGAGAAUUUUUCCGAAUCAUUGAAAACCGGAAAAAUCAACUAAAUUUGUAACCAGAAUUUUCGGGAAUAUACGGGAUUAUCCUUUCAAUUCGUUUAAAUACCAUAUGUGUCCACCUUGAUCAUCAUCAAACUAUAAAACUCACUUGUGAUUGCAAUCUGCAAAGUUUCAAUUUUCAGCUAAGUGAUAGAAAGAUGUCUCUCAUCCCAAGUUUCUUGGGUGGACGAAGGAGCAACGUUUUCGAUCCCUUCUCCCUGGACGUGUGGGAUCCCUUCAAGGAUUUCAACUUCCCCACUUCUCUUUCUGCAGAGAAUUCAGCAUUUGUGAGCACUCGUGUGGAUUGGAAGGAGACCCCGGAAGCACACGUGUUGAAGGCUGAUGUACCAGGGCUGAAGAAGGAGGAAGUGAAGGUUGAGAUUCAAGAUGAUAGGAUCCUUCAGAUCAGCGGAGAGAGGAAUGUUGAGAAGGAAGAUAAGAACGACACGUGGCAUCGCGUGGAGCGUAGCAGUGGAAAGUUCAUGAGGAGGUUCAGGUUGCCAGAGAAUGCAAAAGUGGAUAAAGUGAUGGCUUCUAUGGAAAAUGGGGUUCUCACUGUUACUGUUCCAAAGGAAGAGGUUAAGAAGGCUGAGGUUAAGGCCAUAGAAAUCUCUGGUUGAUCCAUGUCUUGUCUGCGAGAUUUGGUUUGUUGUAAUAAUUAGUGUUGUGUCUUUGAGAAAGAUGUUACGUUGUGAAUUGUAACUUCUAAGUGGUUACUUGCAUUGUGUUCAUGUCAAUAAAAUUCUGCAUUUAAAAGAUUUUGUACUAUGUCAUGUGUGGGAAAUGUGAAUUGUAAUAUGAGAAUACUCAUUAAUUCAUUAUCACUCUUGGGAUGGGUCUUUGCUUGAA